AUGACAUGUGCUCCAGUCUGGGCUACUUGCGCGCGGGAGAACAGAAGAAUGCACACACAAAAUCCCGACGUCAUGAACGAGGACCUCCAAGCCAUCGAUGCCAUCGAAUACUUCUUGACCGGUGGGCUUUCAAUUCCAAAAGCCGCGCGCUGUAUUGCGGACAUCUGCGAACCUUGUCUCAGGACCAGGCAACGGAAUGACAUUGCCAUUCUUUGGGCAAUCAUCUGUCAAGCAGCAAGGUCAAUCGAUGGCGAUGCCCCUGCACAACUCGCUGAAUUGGUUAUUGCAUUGCGGAACCAACCAGACGUCAUUUCUAGCUCGGGAAGAGUUGUGGAAUUUGGAUAUUGGGUGUACUGGCGGGAUCUACCCAAAUUCAGUCAAAUGUUUUGGGAAUACGGCAUGACUAUCGCCGAUCCAGAUUGCAAUGAUGCAGAAUGGCAUGCUCAGGCUCCGGAACUACUAAACAUCACAAUAUUCGCCGCGAACUUGAUGGUCCAUGCGGACAGAAAACCCAAUGUUUCGUUUGCAGCGAGCAUUGCCAUGUAUGAGGGCGUGGAUUGGCCAUAUGAUGAUACGCGAGAGUUGCGAGAGAUGUGGCGUAUGUAUUUGCCGCCUGCAGCGACCUGGAUCAUGAUUGCUGGAAGCAAGAUUCGCGAGCUUUGUUUCAUGGAUCAGUUGCCUGACGAUGACAAUAAACAUUCUGUACAGUCUCAGUGGGAAGGAAGGACAUAUUGUGCAGGGAGAUGGACGUUCUGGAAGCGACGGUUUUGGGAGCUGGCAUGGGAUACGGCGAUCGACAUGCCAUGUCGGGUGUAUGCAAAGGCAGCUCAUGAGAUUAUGGAUCGACUGGACGAUGAGGCGUAA